CUUAACAAAAACCACAGCAAAAACAAAACAAAUCAAAACGCAACUAAAACGAAUUGUAAGCCAGUGGCUAAAGUGUAACAUUUAUGCAACACAUCUUCAUGCACACACACACAAUCAAAUAUUUGUCAUAAGUUCGCACCAAUACACACACAUGCAUACAUAUCGAACGCCGCUGGUUAUAAAGGCUUUAUAAGCAAAAAAGAAAUUACAUAACUUCUAAUUAAAUUGUACUGCAAAAAGCUGAGGUAAAGUUAUAUUUCGGCAUAAGUAAGUUACAAUCUAAGCAAGCAUAAUUAGUUCUAGCCUUAGUUAGUUACAUAAGUAUUUGCAAUGUGCGCUAAAAACGCAAAUAAUAAUAUCCAACGCCUGAAAAGUUGUUGUGCUGCUCCUCUCCCCACAACAAGAAACUGUAUUCGUAUUUCUAACCAAAAAAAGACGUAGAAAAAAGAAAGAAAACGAAAAAACGUAAUUAUUAUAAACAAAAACUCUCCUUGCACAGCGUUUCGGUUAAAGUAACGUUUUGUAUUCAUGCGUUCAAGUUCAUUUUUCCAUGCAGGACAAACAAAAUCCGAUCCCAACGAUUUCAGUUACAGGCAGCAAAUGCAAAUAAAAAAAGCAAACGCACACAAUAAACACAAAAAACGCACGCGCCGUCACCAUCGACCACUCAAUAGCCCCGCUGACGGGGGGACAACAACAACAACAGCAGCUGCAGCAACAACUACAGUUAAUUAAAACAUCAAAUUUACAACAAAAACAACAUCGACAGCUGUAAGCAGCGGAGCCGCAGCCGCAUCAACAACGUCACCGUCUUCAACGCAGGAUUAAAGAAACAAUUUGAAUUACAGAUUUGUUAACCAAAGACGCCAACGCCGCCGCCACAGCAGGGUGUGACUGGCAAGGAGCAGGCAUCAGGCCCCAGCCAGCCCCAAUAUGUCUGCAGCACGCUUGCCGUACUAUCAGCAACAGUCGGGAGGAGACUGCCAACAUCAGCAGCGCUGGCGCGGUGACAGUCGCGGGCAGCGUCAUAAUGAGCGCAGCAGCAGGCGCGAGCGCAGCCGUUCCGCUGAGCGUCGACGUUAUAGUCGCAGUCGCUCCGUAGAACGCCCGCGUAAGCGUCACAGUCGCAGUCGUGAUCGUGAGCGAGAACGAGAACGACGUCAUCAUAAUCAUAAUCACAAUCAUCAGCAGCAGCAGCGUCAUCACAGAGAAAGAGACUCGCGUGAUCGUUCCUGGGAGCGGGAUCGUGGCAAAGAUCGUGAACGCGAUAGAGACAAGGAUAGAGAACAUAACAGACGUCGUCACUAUCGACGCGAUUCGCGCAGUCGCAGUCGCAGCCAUACGCCGACGCCAAGCAGCUCACGUCGACUGCAGCAGCAUCAAUUGCAGCUACAUGGAAGCAGCAAAUAUGAUGGGCGUGCAAACGGCAAUGAUAAAGCCAUGUCGGCCGUAGGUGCUUACUAUAAUCUGGAUACGGAUGAGCCAUUUGACAAGGAGCGCAUACAUCGCGAGAUUGAGGAGAAGCUGCGCGAGACGCUGGCACGCGAUGGGAAAGUAUAUCCGCCGCCGAAGCCGGAACCAGUGCAUCCAGUGUUUGCCAACGAUGGCUCCUUCAUGGAACUCUUUAAGAAAAUGCAGCAAGGCCAUCCCCACCAGCAGAAUGCAGAGACCGCGGCAGCCACAGCAGCAGCUGCCGCAGCUGCCAUCGCCUUGCGUGAGCAACAACUGCUGAUGGAAAACUGCACACCCUAUGGCCUGCUGCCCACCAUAGCAGUGGGUGCAGCCAGCUCCGCAGCUGCUCCAUAUAUAGCAGCCGCAGCAGCGGGCAAAACUGCGCCACCGCCGCCACUUGUGGGACGUCGCCGUGGCGGUAAAAUAUUAAAAACCGGAGUUGUGGCCAAACUGAAGACUCCAAAUGAACGUAAUGUGGAUCCAAAGGAUUUCUGGUCACUGUAUCUGGCCGAAGUUAACAAAUACAAAAGCCAUGCCUGCGAUACGGACAAUGGCAAGCGGCCUUUGGUUAAAUAGAAUACAAGGAUAAUUGCAGUUAGCAUUGGAAAAUAUGAACUUGAAUGCUACUUGAAUGUCAAAAUACUUUUAAACGCCUCCAACCCCUAAAAACAAAAACAAAAACAAACAACAAUAAUACACAUAAACAUUUAUACAAAUUUUGUAUACAUACUUAUAUAUACACACAUACAUAGAUAUCACGUCAUUUUGUAAUUGAUAAUUGUGAAGUUAAAGAUCCACUUUUUGCACGCUGAGCAAUUACAAAACAAGUUAACAAGUAAAGCAACAACAAUUAAAAUAUAGCAACAUAGCUUAAGAUGAGUUACAAUAAGGUUUUAGAGCCUAUAAGAAACGCUCUCAAUUCCCUGUCUAGUGAUAAGUCAUCUUUGUAAACGCUACUCUUAACUUCUAGACUCUCUCUCUCUCUCUCUCAUACUUUUCCACAAUGCCUCGAGAUGAAAGCUUAACGAAUAUGCUAGAAACGUUUAGUCUAACUCUUAAGAGCUAGUUUGUACAGCAUUUCUACAUAAUGUCCAGCUUAACAGAAUAAUACUUAAUAAUUAAAUGUAACAGCAACAAUUAAACACCAAAACUUCUCUCAUAAGUUAUAUAUACAUACACUAGAUCUAAGUUUGCUGUGUGUUUACGUGUGUGACAGUUCGUUCAUGCAUAGAUCAAGACAUAAUGUAACUAACAUGCAUUCUUUAUAUAUAUUCCUAUCUCUUUUUCUCUUUAUUAUGCGCGCUCGAACAUGAAA